AUGGAUUUUGUUCCAUUAUCUGAUUCCACAUUGUACAAAAUUAUGUCUACCUGCUCUGCUAGUAAAAGAACGAGCUUAUGUGGUCUUGAUAACAUUGCCACUGAUGGUGCAGCAGCCAUUGAUGACCUAAUACACAUGUGUGAGCAUUUAAAAGAAUUAGGAUCUGAAAUAAACACAGUUACCAGUUUAACCUCUGAUUUAAAAAAUCUAAAGAUGUACUUGAAAUCAGAGUAUAAAUUUAGUGUGGGACUGUCCCGUGGAUGCCAAGAUCACUGUAUCAAAUUCGCUCUUAGCCAUCCAAGCAAUGUCUUGCUGCAAGAAGAUUUCAAUGUGAGCAUUGGUAUGAAGAUAAAGAGAAAAGAUGUCUUGAAAUCUGAACAACUUGACACAGGACUCAUCAUACUGUCAGACUUUGAAGAGCCACCAACCAAGUAUGGUAUGAUCUCCUCUCAGAGAAAAGAAAACUGUUCAGAUCCACACAGACCCGAAACCAGGAUUUUCCACUGUUCCGAAUUAGGCUGUAAUCAGCAGUUCUCCUCUUAUGAGCUUCUGAAAGAACAUAUGGAUCUAGAUCGACAUGUGCAAGAAAAAACCUCUACAUUCGAUGAAAUUCGACAUCUUUGGUCAGAGACAUGUCAUUCAAAUUUGUUCAAGUCUAAACAGUUGCAUCAAAUAGGUGCAGAGUACCACUCCUUGGAAGAUUCCAAUUUAUCAGGAAAAAAGCUUCCACAAGGAUGGGCACUAAAAAUAGCAAGAAAAUUUGCUCGCUUCUCUACCAGAGUAAAAGAAUUUCUCCAAAGAGUGUAUCAUGAAGGUGAAGAAUCUGGAAGGAAAGCAAUUCCGAUUGAAGUAGCUCAGCGUAUGAGAUCUCUGAGAGAUAGCAAUGGUGAGAAGUUUUUCAGUUCUGAGGAAUGGCUGCAGCCUUCUCAAAUUAACUCUUAUUUUGGUAGACUUUCUCUGAAUGGAAAGGCCAGUGGUUUCAAGGAGGAACUAGAGAAUGAUGAACACCUGAGAGAAAUCUUGCAGUCAAUAGAAGAGGAAGAAGAAAGAGAAAACAUAAGAAAUACACUUUUGUUUGAGAAUAGCAGCACUGUGUGA